AUGUCGCUCAAACAAGAAAUCGAAACAUGGGUGCAGGCCCUGGAUGCCUACGACAAUCAAGAAUUUGAGGUGUCCCUGCGAUGCUUCGAUCAGAUUGCCGAUACAUCAAAGAUCUUGUUCAACUGCGGAGUGAUCUAUGCAACGCUAGGCGAACACCCUAAAGCAGUAGAAUGCUACCAACGUGCUGUCAGCCUAGACCGGUAUCUGGCAAUCGCUUACUUCCAGCAAGGUGUAUCUAAUUUCUUGCUUGGGGACUUUGAAGAAGCGUUGGCCAACUUUAAUGACACUUUGCUGUAUCUGCGAGGGAAUACUUCCAUCGACUAUGAACAGUUAGGUCUUCUGUUCCGUCUCUUUUCAUGCGAAGUCCUGUUCAAUCGGGGUCUCUGCUAUAUCUACCUCCGGCAAAUGAACCCAGGCAUCCAGGACCUUGAGUAUGCAGCCAAGGAAAAGGUUACCGCGGACCACGAUGUGAUUGACGAUGCUAUUCGUGAGAAUGCAGAUGGCUAUACUGUCUUCUCAAUUCCCGUGGGAGUUCUCUAUCGUCCCAACGCAGCUAAAGUCAAGAAUCUCAAGACAAAAGACUACCUGGGCAAGGCUCGACUGGUUGCCGCAUCGGACCGCAAUCAAUCAUCAGAUCACCAAUGGAAUCCAAUAGCCGUUAAUAAAGAGGACCUCCAAGGUCGCGAAGGAGUCUCCUUUGCCGCAUCCCACUUAGUCCGCCAAAACCUCAGCAGCCGCACUCGUCAACAAUCUGAACCACCCCUAAACCGCAACGCGUUCCCCCCAACGCCACCACCAGACGACCGAUCAGUCAGCACAGCAUCUGGAUCAGGAAGCCAAUCAGCAUCCGGACACCACCGAACAUCAUCUCUCCGAAAUGUCCGCCCACCACGUCUAGACUUAGAUCGCGCAGGUGCCAGCCUAGACCGCCGACCAUGCCAACCAGAACAAGCAUUACCACCCAUCGAGAAGCCACGGAUAGGCACAACGCGAACAGCAUCAGAACCACGCGGGCCAUCCUCACGACAAAACAAUAUGCGUGGAUAUCAACCGGAAAGCAGCCGAAGCGCCUUGGCCCGCGAACAAGCCGGCCACCGCAGAAACCUCAGCGACACAAACCAGAACUACCCACCAGAACAAGACUACGGCCACACAGACCCCUACGACCCCUACUCAAGUCAGCGCAACCUAGCAAAUACAGGCUGGGGCCGCGGAUCCCGCCACCAACCACCCCAAUACAUUGAUGAAGAGGAAGAAUAUGCCAGCGACGCAUGCGAUGCAACAACCCUCAACGACGGCGCUUUCGAGCUCGUCGCCGCUCCCCAGGCUGGUCCAAGCCAUUCACCCCAACAACGUCGUACUCGUUCUCCGGCGCGAUACUCUCGCCAUGCGAACCCGCGAAGACCGGAUAUCCAGAAAUUUAGAACGAAAGUACACGCUCCCGAUGAUACCAGAUAUAUCAUGAUUGGGCCGAAGAUUGAGUUUGGGGAAUUUGAAAAUCGAAUUCGUGAAAAGUUCGGCUUUAAGUGUCCUUUGAAGAUGAAGGUGCAGGAUGAUGGGGAUAUGAUUACUAUGGUAGAUCAGGAAGAUCUGGAUCUGCUGGUUAGUUCGGCGAAGGAGGUUGCUCGGCGGGAAGGAAGUGAGAUGGGGAAGAUCGAGAUUUGGGUGGAAGAACGUGCAAUGAUUUGA